AUGAGCGAAGACGACAAGACGAAAUUUUUAAAGUGCUUCGAGCAGUUGAAAGAAGAACUCGUGCGAGAUGAAAUCGAGGAUAAUCAGGUCCAAAUCGCAGUCGAUUGGAUACGGGAGAUGAUUUCGUACAACGUCCCGCACGGGAAAUUAAACCGAGGAAUCGCAGUCAUGGACGGGAUGCGAGCUCUAGGAAAAGAUGAAGUGUCGGAGAAAGACAUGUGGAAAGCCAUGGUCGUCGGGUGGGGCAUCGAAUGGCUCCAAGCGUAUUUUUUGGUAGCGGAUGAUAUCAUGGACGAGUCAAUCACGAGACGGGGGCAACCGUGUUGGUAUCGACAACCGCACGUGAAAAUGAACGCCAUCAACGAUGGGAUUUUAUUGGAGAUGCAAAUUUAUAAGCUAUUGAAACGUCACGUGGGAGUGAAAGAUCCGGCGUACGCGCAUUUGUUGGAGUUAUUCCACGAGGUGACGUACCAAACGGCGAGCGGGCAGUUGAUCGAUUUAAUAACCGCGCCGAUUGGCGUCGUGGAUUUGAGUAAAUACACCGAGGAAGCGUACAUGAGAAUCGUGACGUAUAAGACGGCGUUUUAUACGUUUUAUUUACCCGCGGCGUCGGCGAUGAGAUUGAGUGGAAUUGAAGACGAACAGGCGUACAAAGUGGCGAACGAUAUUUGCGUAAAACUCGGCCAGUUUUUCCAAAUCCAAGACGACUAUUUGGAUUGCUACGGAGAUCCGAAAGUGAUUGGUAAAAUUGGGACGGAUAUUAAGGACAACAAGUGCGGGUGGUUGGUGGUGCAAGCGCUGAAGAAGUGCACGGCGGAACAACGGAAAAUAAUCGAAGAGAAUUACGGGAAGGACGACGCCGAAUGCGAGAAGAAGAUCAAGGCGUUGUACGUCGAGUUGGAGUUGGAGAAGUUGUAUUUGGAGUACGAGGAGAAGAGUUACAAGGAGUUGACGGAAAUCAUGGAAGGCCAAUCGGUGUUGCCGAAGGAGUUGUUUUCGAGCAUGUUGGCGAAGAUUUAUAAGAGAACGAAGUAA